AUGGGGGAGAAUAAGGGGAGGGAUAUUUAUAGUUCAUUGUGUUCAAUGGGAAAAAGAAAAAGUGACGCCUAUUUUAAGUGCUGCUCCUGCCCUUUCAUUUACCAAGAUCACCGUUACCAUCAACAUCGUCGCCAUCAUUAUCAUCGUCUUCAUGAUGAUGAUGAUGAUGAUGAUGAUGAUGAUGAUGAUGAGAAGACUGAUGAUGAUGAUGAUGAUGAUGAUGAUGAUGAUGAUCGGCGACCAUCAUCAUCAUCGUUAUCAUCACCAUUACCAUCGACAUCAGCAAAUUAUCUAUUUGUUUCAAACUGUGGGAUUGUUGCCACAUGUAUCAGUGUCAUCGUCACGGCGGCAACUGCACUUCGACAGUCAGCCGGUCAGUUGUGGACGAAGAUGAUAUGCCUGUAA